AUGAAGAUGCUGCUUGGCUGCUCUCUCUGCCUGCUCCUCCUGAUCAGCUGUCUGAGUGAACAUGUGGAGGGCCGAACGCUGAACUUGGACAGCUGCUCUGUCAAUGUUCACACACACGAAAUGCGCAAAUAUUACAUUGACAUACGAUCAAAUGCGAUAGAAGGAGACAAUGAGAUCGGAGUGAAACUUCUGGACAAAUCACUGAUGAAGCAUGUUCAGGACGGUCAAAAGUGCUGUUUCCUUCGUCUUGUGCUGCGUUUCUACGUUGAGAGAGUGUUCGGCAACUACGCCUCUUCUCAGCCACAGCAACAACGCUGCUCCAGCGCUCUGGCCAAUGCUUUUGUCAGCCUCAGAAGAGAUAUACAUAAAUGUCACUGCCACUGCGGAGAGGACACACAGAGAACAGUUGACUCCCUGCAUGCUGAGUUUAUCAAGUUAGAAAUAAACCAGGCGGCACAGAAGGCCAUGGGAGAACUGGACACUGUGCUGGAGUGGCUGGAGGAACUCGGCCAGAAAACACACACUUGA